GGUACGCUCGUGGACGUCUGGAACGGUUACAUGUAUCGACAGAAUAUUACAACUGUGCAAAUGUAAAAAUGUCGGAAGUCUACAGCAGUACGGGAUCUUUAACAUUUCGAGAUAGAAAAUUCUAUUUAGAUGGCGAACCAUUCACAAUUCUUAGCGGAGCAAUGCAUUACUUUAGAGUUGUACCAGAAUAUUGGAAAGACCGAUUAAUGAAAAUGAAAGCAUGCGGACUAAAUACAGUAGAAACAUAUGUGUGUUGGAACUUACACGAAAAGUAUCCCAAUGAAUUUGAUUUUUCUGGAAUCCUGGAUGUGCGAAAGUUUAUAAGACUAGCAGAAGAAGUAGGCUUGUAUGUAAUAUUUCGACCCGGGCCUUAUAUAUGUGCUGAAUGGGAUUUUGGAGGAAUGCCUGCAUGGCUUUUGCGUGACCCUGAAAUGAAAGUACGAAGUAAUUAUAAGCCAUACCAAGAUGCUGUAGAUAGAUUGUUUAGUCAACUGAUUACACUGGUGUCCGACUUACAGAAUUGUCUAAAACUGCCUGAAAAAUCAAGCGGCGGACCAAUUAUAGCAUUUCAAGUUGAAAAUGAAUUUGGUUCCUACAGUAAAGAAUAUGAUCAUCUAAAGUUUAUUCAUGAGACUUUGGUAAAAUAUGGUGCUAAAGAAUUAUUCUUGACGUCUGAAAAUCCAAACGGGAUAACAAACUGUCUUUUCUACGAUCGAGCUCUUCCGACUGCAAACUUUCCCAGUAUGAAAGUUGGAGCAGAUACCUUGGACCUGAUACGGAAGUGGAGUCCAAGCUUUCCUCUUAUGGUAACGGAAUUCUGGUCCGGCUGGUUUGACCACUGGACAUCUACACACAAAGGACUGCCUCUUGAUGACUUUGCUCAAACACUCACAGACAUUCUUGAUGCCGGAUCGUCUGUUAAUAUGUACAUGUUCCAUGGAGGUACAAACUUUGGUUUUAUGUCUGGCGCCAAUAGAUUUCCAGAAUCAACUUAUAAGCCCGAUGUCACCAGCUAUGAUUAUGAUGCCCCAUUGAGUGAAGCAGGAGAUAUUACAGCUAAAUAUCUCAAAGCAAGGGAUAUCAUAUUCGAAAAAAUAUUGAAACCACAAGGCAUUAACAGUUUACCGAAUAUUCCACCGAACACACCAAAAGCCAGUUACGAUCCAGUAGAAAUAAAAGAGUACCUUUCACUGGAUUUAAUACUAGCAUAUUGCAAUGCUAAGGUGGAAUCUCCUAAACCGUUAAACAUGGAAAGUCUGCAGAUUCACAAUGGUUUUGGACAAAACUAUGGUUAUAUUUUAUACCGAACUACGAUCGGUAAAGGUAGAAAGCUCAGAUUUGAGAAGCAGCCUACGGAUAGAGCUCAGAUUUUCAUUGAUGGCAUGCAGAAAGGUGUGUUAGACUGGCGAAAAGAUUCUGUAGAGCAGGAAGUCAACACAGACAAGGAAAACAACACUCUAGAUAUUUUUGUUGAAAAUCAUGGAAGAGUAAACUAUAUCGAAAUUGGCGAAAGUCUAUUAAACGAGCAAAGGAAAGGUAUAACCGGAAAUGUGUAUCUUGACGAUAAAUGUAUUAGUAACUGGACCAUUUUUCCACUAGAAUUUGACAGUGAUUUUGUUCAAAGCGUAUUGAAUGGUAGCAACUGGACAAGCUCUCAUGGAAAAAAUAUCCCAGUCUUAUGUAGAACAAUUUUGACUAUCAGGGAUACAACCAAAGACACAUUUCUUCUCCUAAGCGAAUGGGGCAAAGGAAUUGUAUUCAUCAAUGGGUUCAAUCUUGGUAGAUAUUGGAGUGAAGGUCCUCAAAGAACAUUGUAUGUACCUGCUCCUAUUCUGAAAACUGGUGAUAAUGAGAUUUUGAUUUUUGAGCAUCAACACGUUGGAAAGAAGGUGGUGUUUGUAAAAGAACCAAUACUCAUAUGAAACACUUGCUUUUUCAAUUAGCAGCUUGUUUGUCCUUUCACUGUGAUCUAACAAUAAUAUGUAUCUUUUAUAACUACGCUUUCUGAUUAUAAAAUCAAAAUAAAGAAUAAAAAAUCUGAGAUAGUCAUUU